AUGGGGAAAUUGGCCAACCACCAGUGCAGUCAAACCACGCCGUUGGCUGGGGAAAUCUUGGUCGGACAACUGUGUACUGAGCACAAUCGGGCUGGUGGCUGGGUAAAUCUUGGUCGGACAACUGUGUGCAGAGCACAGGUACACGCUAAUAUCCAAAGGCAAUUGGGAAUGGUGAAACUGGCCAACGACCUGUGCAGUCAAAUCCAGGAGGUGGCUGGGCAACUAGAACGAGAACAUUGGGCAACCACCUGUGCAGUCACAUCGGGCAGUCAAAUCGGGCAGAUGGCUAGGAAAAUCUUGGUCGGACAACUGUGUACUAAGCACAGGUAUGAGCAAAUAUUUGAAGGCAACCGAGAACGAGGAAACUGGCCAACCACCUACGCAGUCAAAUCGGGUAGGUGGCUGCUGAAAUAA